AUGCCUUCUGCCGAGUUUCAAAAGGCGGCGAAUGAGAGCCGUCAACUCAAAGACAAACCCAGCAAUGAUGAGUUGCUCGAGCUCUACGCCCUCUUCAAGGUCGCCAACGGCGAGGACUUCUCUAAGGCCCCUCCACCAGGCAUGUUCGAUCUGAAGGGAAAAGCCAAGCACAAGGCCUGGCAGAAGGAAGUUGACGCCGGCACCAGCGCCGACGACGCCGAGAAACGCUAUAUCGAACUUGUUGAGAAACUCAAGGAGAAAUACGGCUUUGAUCCGGCCAAGGCGCCGGAGCCUGUGGGUGGAAACUGA